UAUUAUUGUUGUACUACUACUACACUCCGACACUCGUACUAUAGUAUCACGUUCGCGUAGAAGCGGCAAACGCACGCACGCACGCGCAAACGGGCUCUCUGGACUUCACGGUCACACACACACCACUGCACUGGACACACGAUCGAGCUGUCAGCCCAGCGUAUCGUUAGGAGGUAACCGUGCGCCGUGCAGUCAUCAAUGAUGUCCGUCAAUGACGGAGAGUCGUCAGUAAUAGCGAAUCGGUAGGACUGUGGCGCUGUGUGCAUCAUUCGCGGAAAUAUUAUGCAAACAGUGCAACAAAAACAACAACCUACGACGACAAUAAUAUCGUCGUGAUUUUUUUUUGAAGAUCGUUCGUUACUCGUUAGUUGUCGUUACGACCGUCGCCGCGCGCGUUCAUGACACGGUCGUUCCGUUUCCGAGUGUCGAGCUCGCCCGUCCAGUAAAAUAACGUCGACAUCACUGGUUCAAGGCAAACUUGUGUAGUCUUCAUAGAUUUUUAGACGGUUAGCAAGUCACUCAUAACGUAGCACGUUCUCCGCGUAACCUGUGACUGGCAUAGUAUAGACGAUGGUCGCGAUUGUCUGAGCUAGUGGUCGUUGCACAUCUCAUUCGUCGGUGGCGAGCGACUAACAGACCCAGGAGUUGUGCGGCGCGGCGGCGGUGUCGGCUUCGACGUCGACAUCGGCUUCGUGACAACGUGGACCAACCCUCUCUCUCUCUGGUGUAACUGCGCUGUAUUACUUGGUGCCUGUUAUUUUCCAUCCGUUGAAUGUCGGCCGUGGAUGAACGGUCAACUAUACUCUGGAUAUUACUGCAUUUGAGCAGUGAUAUAAAACUAUAUUUGGUCGUCCAACAUUAAUCAUCAACAUUGUUAUGUUUACGGCGGCCCGGCGUUGCGUUUCUAACGCCCUGUCUGGUGUGUCACUUUGUGGUUGUAAUCGAUAUAACCCUAAUAUAGUUGCUGGCUGUUAUAUUAGGAAGCUAACUAGAACAGCCAAUAGUAGCGGUGGUGGCUUUAAAGCUGCUGUCACUACAGCUCUUCUAUUCAUCAUGGGUGCCCUAUACUGUCUAUAUGGUACUGGUGGCAGUACAAGUGGUACAGUGACACCUGUGGCAUAUAGCCAACAAUCAUUAGGAAACAGUGAAUUGAUGAUCGGAGUGCAACCAGAGGCAAUUGCGGACAUAGCAACGAUGACUGGAGGAAACGCACACACAAACCUUGAUUGUGGUGGUAUUAAUGGUAAGAAGAGGCGGAGAAAACAGCUUAAGAUAAAACCACCUAGUGGUGUGGUGACGGCAGCUGAUAUGUACGAACCCGGAUUCCGGAUACGGAAUGCAGGCCUCUGUUCCACUAGCACUCGUUUAUUAGUGCUGAUCACUUCAGCAGCAGCACCAGAGCACUCUCAAAACCGACAAGCCAUUCGUAUGACAUGGAUGAACCGAUAUGGUCCGAGUGUGAGCAUGGCAUUCCUAGUAGGUACGCCACAGAUGUCUGAGACAGACCCAGUGGCUCGAGUUCUGGAGGCAGAAGAACAAGCGCUAAAGAUCCGUCUAAAUCGGCAUGAUAUCAAUAAUAACAUCAAACCAAAAGAAAAAGUCAAAUUCAAGCCUUCAGCAGCGGCCAAUGUGGUUGUGGAACCACUGGAUGGGGAUCCUGGGCGGUACCGAAUUUUGAAAGACCAUAAACCAAAUCCUGGAGAAGGCUUAGAUGCGCAUGCUAUGCAUGGACUGAACGAAGCAGAACGGGCGGUGCAACGAGUAUUAGGGCGAGAAUAUGGUCGGUACGGUGACUUGGUACAGUGCCAAUCUCGAGAUACUUACACCAACUUGACACUGAAAUCUAUCGCUGCUCUCGAAUGGACUCGUCAAUAUUGUCCAUGGGCUCGGUACCUAUUAAAAACAGACGAUGACAUGUUCAUCGACGUACGCAGAUUACUGCGGUUCAUCAACAAAGUGGAAACCGAAAGUGCUACAGAAUCCACUGGCCUUUAUCCUCGCCCCAUUGAACCCAUACAUGACCCGUACGAAUUAUUCACCAUAGGUGCAGAUAUGUUUGAGUCUGUAGCCACUCCUAGUUUUGAUAUUGAACUGCCGCCUACCAUAUGGGGACGGCUAGCACAUGGUUGGCGCCCUAUACGACAACAUAAUAGUAAAUAUUAUGUUUCCCGUUCACAAUACACUGGUCGAGUGUAUCCUGAUUUCUGCACAGGACCAGCAUACCUUAUGACUCGAUCGGCUGUUGGCCCACUAUACGAGGCGGCACUGGGCAAAGAUUUUGACGUGGUUGAUGAUGAAGACGAAGAUGGUAAUCAGGAAAACAAAAAAAAUACUAAUGAAGAAGAUUUGGAAGUCAAAACAUAUCUUGGGAAAGAAUGUGGUAAUGGUAAUCAGACGUUAGACGCUAGUGAUGAUAAAGCAACAUCAAGUGUAUAUGUCAGCAAAAAUACAGUGCCAUACUUGAAACUUGAGGAUGUAUACUUGACUGGAGUAGUGGCGGAGCGACUAACGCGCCGAGCAACAGAGCGACAGGCGCGCAGGGAGCUUAAGAAAAAAGAAAAGAUCUCUGCAAGUGACAGUGAUCAUAACCAAAAAUCAAGUGAUGGUCAAGUGGUGGAAGACCAUGACCACCUUGAUGGUAAAAAUAUGAAACUAAAGAUGACAGAUAUAAUUGUGAAGGUGCGACGCAUCCAUGAUGAUCAAUUUGCAAAUAAGAAAAUCACUGGCCGAGCAUUGGAUCGAGCCGUGUGCAAUGGUCUUAGUUCCAGCGAUACUGUCGGUACUAGUGGGAGUAGUGGUUUUAGUUGGUUUCGAUGGUAUUGGGGUGAUACAGCUUUGGAUAAGGAUUUAAAAAAAAAGAAAAAAGAUCAAGGAGUAAUUUCUUUGCACAUGGUUAAGUAUUACGAGCAGUUUGAUCUAUGGCGCCGGCUAAUGGACGGCAGGACUAAGUGUACGUCUUAACGUUCUACUUCUAAGAAUUUGUGAAUUUUUAUUUUUUUUACUGCAAGGCAACCGUUUAACCAGCUUCUGUGUAUAAUAUAAAUGCAGCGUUUAAAUAGUCGCCUAGAUUAUUCUUUUUUCAGCUCGCGAUUUCCUCAAUAUUUAUUUUUGUAUUGAUGACUUUAACAUUAUCCCUUCCAUAAAUUUUUUUACCGCUACUUACAUUUACAACAGCUGUCGGUAAAAAAUAUUUAUACCUACGUGCUAAAUAAUUAAACCUAAACUAUUAGGUACUAUUUUUACAAAUUAUGUAUUAUUUUUGUUUUUAUAUGUGUGUGAGCACAGUACUGAAUGCAAAGAACCUUUAUUCAUAAAUUAUAACUGAUUAGACACUCAUUUUGAUUCCUAAUUAUGAUUAUGAUAAUAUGGAUUGAUCUUAAUAUCCCAUAAGAUUUACUCAUUUUCAUACUAUAUUACUAUGUAUUCAGUUCUGUGUACUAAAGUAUUAUUGUUGUAACAUAAUCAUAAAUAUAUAUAGUAUAAUAUAUUAUAUUUUUCAUUGUUAUCAUUAAGUACUAUCCUUUUUGGUCCUCUGACUAAUCAUUUUUUUUUUUAAAUUUAAGACUUAUGCCAUGACACAAAAUAAUUUGUACAAACAAUGAUAUACUAUUAUGUUUAUUGUUUAUACAUAUUUCUUUUUUAUAUCUACUCCUACUUUUUGUUGUACUAGCGUCAGGACCCACCACCCGUGAUAGCAUUAUUAUUUUAUGUUAAAUUUUUUUAUUUUAUAUAAUAUAUUACAUAUUUAUAUUUAUAUAGUUGACAAUUUGUAACAAAAUUUAUUUUAUAGAUUAAAUAUAUACACAUGGUAUGUCUUACUGAGAUGUAUAAUUUGUAUAAGCAAUAAAUAAUAUGAAAAUGGUCGCGAUAAUCAAACUUAUUACAGUCGAACAGUAUGGUUAACUCAAACUUCUCUUACUCAAAAUCAUUGGUACAUCAAACUUUUUCCCCAGUCCCUAGAAUACCCUAUAAUUGUAUUAUCUGUGGAUAACUCGAACUUUCUGGCUGGUUCCUUCAGCUUUGAGCUAACCACGUUCGACUGUAUUUAUAACUAUAAUAAAAUAGUUUAAAUGUUUAAAGAAAAACUAAAUACAAACUUAUAUUUAUAUUUUACUUGUUCAUUGAAUCUGUAUUAAUUUGUAAAUUAUAUAUAUAUUGUAUUGUGUGCUUCUCACGAGUUAGGUUGUAAUAUUUGUAGGAAAAAUAAAUAUUUAUAUUUUUAUUUUUUGAAAACUAAAUACAUAACAUUUAUAAUAAUA